UUGCAAGCUAUUAAACGAACAAGUGCACUUUUAAUUAAACGAAACCUUUUGUUUCAAAAGAAAUUUUAACAAAAUUGAACAUAAAUAUUUUAUAGUUAAACAAUUACGACAAAAAAUAAAUUGAUUUGUUUAUUAGAUAAAAUUAUCGGGAUAUUAAAAUAAUAACUUGCUUUUGAGAAAAUAAGGAUUAAAAACUAAACAAAGACUGCUGCAUAGAGUGAAGAAAGAUAACGAAAAGUCGAACAAAGGAACUGUUCUGGAAUAGUUAAAAUAUUAUAAUUAUAUUAUAGUAAAAAGAGAGACAACUUGUGUGUGUAGGAAAGAGAGAAACCAUUGCUAUUUUUAGAGGAGAAUCUUAAUAACUUCCUAAACAUUACAAAUCACUGCCUCCAAAUAUACUGCCGAAAUCAUUGUCAUUGACAUCCAAAUAAACUUCAGAUUUCCCCAAAAGGCAACAACUACUACGUCACUAAAACAACUGUAUAAGAUCAAUAAAACUCACAAUGGAUGCUACUCAACGUAAAAUUAUUUCAGAUAACAUUGAUAAAUUGAUUAUUGUAACAGACUUCAAAACAUUGUGUGAUGCUUGUUAUCAAUAUAAUUUAUUGAGUAAUGUCAUGAUACAGAACAUCCACCAUUCCGAACCAGAAAAGCAGACAGCAGGGCCUUGUGAUGACGAUACGAUUAAAAGGGAACGUCACAAAAGAUUGUUUAUGAAGAUAACUCAAAGAGGUCCAGAAGCUUUUGAUAAAUUGAAACAAGUUUUUAUCGAUUUGAAUUAUAAGGAUGCUUUAAAAUUAUUGUACGACGACGAUGAUCGUACGAUUUCAAUAAGUACAAGUAAAAAAAUGGGUACAGCAAUCACCGCAAAUAGUGAAUUUAUUCAAGAGAAUGUUGAAAACAAUAACAUCGAUGAUAGAGAUGGUACCACAAGUAGACAGUUUUCUCGCUCACUUUCGGAUAAUAUUACUCUACACCAAUAUAAGGAUACAAUUCAACCAAAGAAAAAUGUAUGCGUUCGCAAUGCAUCACGCAUUUUCAAACAUCCCAGUAUUGAAACUUAUCCCAUGGAGAGUAAAAAUAACCGGGGCGUUUUCUUCAUGGUUAAUAUUGUAGAUUUUCCAGCCGACAAGUCGCGUUUAGGAGCGGACGAAGAUACCCAUUCACUACUGUCGCUGUUUAAGCAAUUGAAUUUUAAAUUGUACGCCUACAAAAAUCUGUCGCAAAAGAAAUUCUUUGAACUACUCGAUGAGCUAUUGAGCUUGCAGGAAAUAAAAGACACCGAAUGUUUUGUCAUGGCAUUAAUGACACACGGCCAGCUUCUUAACGGCGCACAAUGGAUAACAUUCAACGAUGGCUCAGUGGUGAAGAUGGAAGAAAUUGAAAAACGUUUCUACCAUGAAAACUGUGCACAGUUAGUGGGUAAACCGAAAAUUUUCAUUUAUCCCUAUUGUCGUGGGGAAAUAUCGGAUAAGGGUGUUACCGUUAAAACACAAACCGAAAGCGUUGGCACUGGUACAGGCACUAGUCAACGUUCUAUAAAUAAUAUUGCUCAACUAUCGGAUGUUAUCAAAUGCCAUGCCACGACAGCAGGUUUUGUGGCUCAUCGUGAUGUUGAUGAUGGCUCCUGGUACAUUCAGAGUUUUGUUGAUACUAUGGCGGCACACGCUCACAAUACAUCCUUCGAAGAAAUGCUGAAAAUAAUUCAAGCCGAUAUAGCCAAAUUGCGCACAAAUAGCAAUGAAUUGCAAACGGCCAGUUAUGUCAAUAUAGGCUUUAAUAAAAUCCUUUAUUUUAAUCCCGGCAUUUCUGUAAAUUAAUUUAUGUAUGUAUGUUCUUCCACUGAUCAGUGCUGCCAAAAGUUUAUAUUGCUUAACAUUAUUAUUAUACAAACAAUUCCAAGUAAAUUUACUUAUAUUUUAUUGUAGUUACUUAAAUUAAGAUAAAGUAUUUUUAUUACAAAAUGUACCGAUUAUAUUUGCAAUAUGUAAUAGUAUUACUUUCAUAGUUAAUUUGUAAUACAUAAAUUAAGAAAAUUUAUAUAUAAAAUAUAUAUAUAUUUACAAUUUUAUUUUUAAAAA